UAAAUUUAAGAAGAUACAAAAGGGUUUUCUGAGGGUUUAACCUGUUUGAAGCGCACAACGAUGAGAGAAGAGAAAGAAGUAGUGGCAAUAGGACAACCUCCAUCAGCAAGUGGGAAACACAUUAAGAAGAGGGCGCUCAGAAACAAAGCUCUAUCUGUUGGAUUCAAUGACAAAGAUCUCAAGGACUAUGUUACUGGGUUUCAUAAGAGAAAGAAGAAGAGGAGAAAAGAAGCGCAGCAUCAGAUACAAGAAAAGGAAAGACGGCUGCGUAUCGAAAAUCGGAAAAAGAGGAAACUAGAUAGAGAAUACGUCCAAUUUGGUGGAGCUCGGCCAGCUGAUGAGGGUUCAGAACCCGAUGAAAAUGGUGAUGACCUUGAGCUUAAUGAAGAAACUGAGCUAAGUGCCCCACUUUCUGGACUGGAGACCUAUGACAAUGGUCAUGUGACAAUUAUUGUCAAGACAAGCGAGAUUUCACGGGAGGAUGAUGUUGAUUCAAAGGAGAAGACAAGAUUAGUACCUAAAUCAAGUGAAACUGACAAGAAGCAUAGCAUUCCUGUGAAAAGGAAGCCAUUGAAGAACGUCGGGAAGGGAAAACGCAGAUCAACACCCAAAACACGAAAGAAGAGAGAUAAAAAGGCUGGUAAGAAAAAGACUAGGAAUUAGUGGUUUAUGUUGUCUUCCUCUGGUUCAACCAAUAUAAAUUUGUGCUCAGUAGUCUUGUUUCUUUUCGGGUUCGGUGGAAUAGACAAGUUGGAAUCUGACUAUUUGGUAACUUGUACCGUUUCUUUUUCCAUUUUUUGACAUAUAAAGCAAACAUAUUAUUAGAUGUGUAGAUGUUCCUUUGUGCGACUUUCUAA